AUUGAUGAAUUAAAAUGGCUAUCAUAAAAAUAUUUGGCAAAACACUUUUUUAAAAAUUAGAAUAUGGCAAAUCUUUUGAAUUUUAGCAGUGAAAAUUAAUUCAGAUUUUAUAUUUUAUUUUAACAGGUGGAGAAACUAGAAGAGAUAUAGGACUGCAUAUGGCCAAGAGGAUGUUUGACCGAUAUGGAAGGAUGAGAGCUAAACAAGUUAUUAUAAUCUUUGCCCACAAUAACUCCCUCAUCAGUCCAAUUUACAUGUCUGACCAAUUGAAAUUACCUAUUCAAAUUGAUGAUAAUGGGCCUAAAUCAUUGCCAGUCAUUAUUUUUGCAGCUCUCAUGAAUCAAAAGAUACCAGACAUAUCCGAAAUUCAGGCCAUAGUUAGCGGAAAGGAUCAUAUAAUUAACUUACAAUAUUGUAACGGGCAAACAAUCAUAGUGAUUUCUCCAAAGGAUAAUCUUUUUUAAAUUGUAGUUUAUUAUUGAUGAAAAAAAUUCUCCUAGAAUUUCUAGAUUUUUCCGUGAUUUGAAAUUACCUUUAUAAUUUAUAAAUUAUUAAUUUGUGGCAAUUUGAAAAAAAAAUU